UUGAAGCCGCUUCCUUUCCUUUUCUUUUGAAGGGAAUGUUGAGAAAGAUUGGAAAUUUUUUUGCCGACGAAUAUUUGGUCUAUUGACAUCAGGUCUUUUGCGUAGGAUUUUCGUUUCGAGUGUCGAGCGUGGUUUCCCGAGUUUGAUCUUCAUCUCGUGCAAGGCGAGGGCACGGUUCGGUGGAAAAUUUUCAAUUAAAUGCUUGUUCAAAUGAUUCUUCAACGACUUGGCGUCAUCGUCUCCCCCGACCCUGGAGUCUUUCUUCUCCAGCGUCAAGCUUAUGCAUGGGAAAAAUCUCUAAAUUGUUCGGCAUUGCUUCUCAUAAACCCAUCAUCGUCUUUCUUUCCCCAAAAUGAACCCCCGAACUGUCUUACUUCUUGUUCUUGUGAGCUUGGUCUCAUCCCAAGCUCAUCAAUGUCGCUCGGACCAGGCAUUGGCUCUUCUCCAGCUCAAGAAUGACUUCUCUUCGAUGAGCAGUUUAAGCCCUGCUUGGAUUCCCGAUACCAACUGCUGCAACUGGGACGGCGUCAUCUGCGACGCAGCGUCGGGUGUAGUCGUCUCCCUUGACCUCAGCAACCAUAACAUCUCAGGUGAAAUCAACUCCUCGCUUUUCGAGCUCACUUCACUUCAAAGGCUUAAUCUCGCCAACAAUGCUUUCUACGGAAGUCCUCUUCCACCCUUAGGCUUUGAGAAGCUUGGUGAUCUCACUUAUCUCAACCUCUCCAACUCCGGGUUUGCCGGACGAGUCCCCAUCGGUAUCUCUCGCCUCAAAAAGCUAGUAUCUUUGGACCUAUCCACCUACCUUUUCGACGGAGGGGAGCUGGACACCCCAGAUCUCGGGGCACUCAUCGGUGGCCUCUCUAACCUCCAGAAGCUGUAUCUAGAUGGGGUUAAUCUAUCCAGCAAUAGCAUGGAUUGGUGUCAAGUUAUCGCCAAAUCUGCUCCUGGGCUUCAAGCUCUCAGUUUGUCUGGUUGUUCGCUUUCGGGACCGAUCCAUGAGUCUUUGUCCAAGCUCCAGAAUUUGUCAGUAAUCCAUCUCGACUUGAAUACUUUGUCUUGCGAGGUGCCUGAAUUUUUUGGAAAUUUCUCUCAUCUGAAUGAACUUAGUCUCAUUGAUUGUGAACUAUAUGGAUUGUUUCCGUAUAGUGUGUUUCUACUGAGGAAUUUAAAAGCUCUUGAUCUGUCCCUCAAUCCAAUGCUCUCAGGGUAUUUGCCAGAAUUCCCUAGAGAGAGUGCUCUGGAGGAGCUGAUCCUUGAGAACACAAAUUUUACAGGUAGUUUGCCGGAAUCUUUGGGAAAUUUGAAGUCUUUGACAAAGCUGGGUCUUGCAAGUUGCCACUUCUCUGGGCCAAUUCCCCUUUCUAUUGCAAAACUCAACCAGUUGGUUCAUUUGGACCUCUCGCUCAAUGGUUUCAGUGGCAAAAUUCCUCCGCAGGUGGGUGGCGAGAGAAUCUCACAAAUCAUUCUGUCCCAUAAUAGCUUUACUGGGGGCAUACCUCAAUCUUUUGGAAGGCUUCAGAGUCUUACAAAUCUUGAUCUGAGGAAUAAUUCACUCAAUGGAUCAAUCCCAGUAACUUUGUUCACCCUCCUGGCAUUGCAAGUGUUGCACCUAAACCUGAAUAAGCUCUCUGGUGAGCUGGAAGAGUUCUACAAUACGUCAUCUUCAUUGGAGACUGUUAAUUUGAGCGACAAUGAACUUCAAGGAGAUAUCCCAAGGUCAAUUACUGAGCUUUCAAAUUUGAAGUAUCUGGCAUUGGCUUCGAACAACUUCAGUGGCACGCUAGAACUAGACCUGAUCGGGCGCAUGAAGAAUCUCUUUCACUUGGAUCUAUCAAGCAACAAGUUGUCCAUAUCAAAUGCUUCUGGUAAUUCUUCUCUCCUCUUUCCCUCCAUUACUACUCUAAAAUUGGUAUCAUGCAACCUGGUCAUGAUCCCUCCUUUCUUGGAACAUAAGCUUCACAUGACCGACCUUGACCUCUCAAACAAUCAAAUUGGUGGUGCUAUACCAAAGUGGAUAUGGAACAUUGGGAAUUCGACUCUCUCUUACUGGAAUCUGCCUUACAACUCUCUCUCUUACUUGAAUCUGUCUUACAACCUUUUCACUUAUGUUGAUGGUCCUCUCCCCAAUGUUUCAAUGAGUCACUCCUCAAUGAUUCUUGAUCUCCAUUCUAACUUGCUUCGAGGUCCGGUUCCUCUCCCCCCACCAAACACUAUAAUUUUGGACUACUCAAACAACUUCUUCACAUCUUUUAUCCCAUCCAACAUUUCUUCCUAUCUCAGCGGCACUCUCUUCUUCUCAUUGUCCAACAAUAGGCUUAUCGGAAAUAUCCCACCAUCCAUUUGUGAUGCACCAUAUCUCCAAAUUCUCGAUCUUUCAGACAACAGCUUUAGUGGUUCAAUUCCAGAAUGUCUCUUGAGAGAAGUUUCUGUUCUACAAGUACUCAAUCUAAAAGGAAACCAGCUUCAAGGCCUUUUACCAAUGAAUGUUAGCUCACAAUGUAGUCUGAGGACGUUAAAUCUCAACGACAACAAGUUGGAAGGUCAAUUGCCUAGAUCAUUGGCUAACUGUGGCAGUAUAGAGGUUCUGGAUCUAGGACACAACAAGUUCGUGGAUUCUUUUCCACAUUGGUUGGGAAAUAUGUCUGCUUUGAAAGCCCUUGUUCUCAGGUCAAAUGAAUUCCACGGCAGGCUUGGGCAUCCUCUCGGAGGGAAUUACACAUUUCCGAAACUACAAAUCUUUGAUAUCUCAUCCAACAACUUCAGUGGCCAUCUGCCACAUGAGUUCUUUGAGAAUCUGAAAGCAAUGAUGAUCGAUCCAAAUCUAUCUGACCUGACCAUUGGUGUUGCGUAUCUUCAGUUCGAUUCCAGUGACCGCUAUCAAAACUCAAUCACAGUGACAUUCAAAGGCUUAGUUUUGACUUUUGUAAAGGCACUGGGAAUUUUGAGAUCUAUUGACUUCUCAAACAAUAGAUUUGAAGGUAGUUUGCCGAAAAGCUUGGGGAACCUUACAUCACUGGUUAUGCUGAACAUAUCACGUAAUAAUUUCACAGGACCAAUUCCAGCAGAGCUUGGGAAGUUGGUUCAAUUAGAAGCAUUAGAUCUCUCCUGCAACCAAUUCUCAGAGGAGAUUCCAGAAUCUUUGGUUUUCCUGCACUUUCUAUCCUUCUUGGACCUUUCAAAUAACAAGCUAGUGGGAAGAAUACCACUGGACAGUCAGUUCUCUACAUUUUCAAAUACUUCUUUUGAGGGUAAUACAGGAUUAUGUGGGAGCCCAUUAUCCAAGCAAUGUGCUGAUUCUAGUCCACCUUCUCCUACUUUUCUAUUCUCCGAGUCUGACCAUGAGCCAAAUUGGCUGUUUAUAUUUGUAGAAUUGGGAUUCAUAGUAGGCUUUAGCCAUAGUGUUUUGGAUCUCUGA